UAUUUAGAGUUUGUGUUUUAUAAUUAAAAAUGUUAUUCAAAUAAAUAAUAAUUUCAGAGGCGAUACAAAUAGUUAGAGUAUUAUGAAGACGUCAACUGCACUCAUACUGAUGUUACAUUUAUCUCUUCAUACUGUUGAUGAGGGGCAAGCUGUAGAUCCAAGUUGUCGCUGUAUACGGUAUACUUCAACAUAUGGCAAGGAGAGGGGCACAUUUAGCAGUCCUGACUACCCCAAACCUUACUCCGCGCACGCGGCGUGUUAUAUGUACACAUUCAUAGCUGGACCUCAUCAAAUUGUCGAGUUAUUUUUCACCGAUUUCGAUAUUUAUAAAGAAAAUCUUGAUUGUACACGAGGUGACUUCGUGAAGGUAUAUUCAGAAGUCGGUGUUCACGGACCUGGUCCUCCCGUUAUAACUGAGUACACGAUGUGGUCACGUGUACUCUGCGGGAACAGGGCGGACGCACCUCCGGCGCUAUACUCACAUGGACCAGUGCUCAUACUCGAACUGAACGUUGGAGGUAAAGCAACAAAUGCUACCGGAUUUAUUGGCACGUUUAAAUUUAUAGACAGAAGAAACUUUGAAACCGAUGGUGUCCAUGUUCAAGAUACUUGGUGUGAUUACGUGUUUGAUUCGAAUUCAAAUAAAUUAGCAUAUGGUCGGCUGUACAGCCCGAGAUAUCCCUCGAGCUAUCCUAACAAUAUAAGAUGCAACUAUCAUUUUAAUGCAAGGAAAAAUGAAAGAAUUAAAUUGGUAUUUGAAGAAUUGUUUUUGCAAAAAGGCGAUGAGAGUUGUCUUAACCGUGCUGAUGUAAUCAAAGUAUAUGACGGACGUUCCUCCACCGCACCAGUGUUGUCAAUUCUUUGCAAUGAAGUCGUUGGUUACGAAAUCUUAUCAACUGGCCACGAACUUUUAGUGCAGUUUACAGCAAAUUCAAACAUUCCUGGACAAGGAUUUAAGGCGAGAUAUCAAUUCCAGAUGGAAGACAAUGAAAAUGAAGAUUCUUUAAAAGCCAGUAUAGAUGACUCUGGUUCUUCAUUCGGUCCAGCAGUGAGCGCAGCAACAUCUUCCUGCCAUCAAAUAUUUAGAAGCGAUAAAAGCAAAAACGGUUCAUUCACCUCACCAAAGUAUCCUUUGUCGUAUUUACCGAAUACGCAAUGUCACUAUGAUUUCCUCGGCAAAGGACGAGAGAGGGUACGAUUAGUGUUUGAGGACUUUAGUUUGCAAAAAGUGACAGGACAUAUAAUGGAUUGUGAUAGUACAGAUUCAAUAGACAUAUUUUUAUACGUUGAAGGUCGAUUAGAGAAAAUGGUUUCUCUUUGUAGGAACGAUUUACCAAAACCUAUCAUGUCAAACGGUCCUAAGUUAUCGAUGGUAUUCAGAGGACUUCAUUCAUCUGGAAAUAGCAGAGGAUUUAAAAUAUCUUACGCAUUUGUUACAGAUUACGCGCUGAAGUCUGGACAGCAGCUUCUGGAAUUCCCAUGCGCUUUUGUAUUCAAUAGCAGUGAAAGAAGCAGAGGAUUUAUCACAUCUCCCAAUUAUCCUGGCAUCUAUCCUCGCGACACUGAAUGUAAUUACUUCUUCUAUGGCAAUAGAGACGAGAGAGUCCGACUUCAUUUCACACAUUUCGAUAUUGAGGGAGUUAUUCCAUGUAAGGCAGUAUCUGCGAGUGACUACAUACAAUUCUCAAGUCAGAUGGUCGAUGUAGAGAGCCCGAGGUACUGCGGGCAAUUAAACGAACUUCAUUUUACUUCGAAGAAUAAUUUUCUUAAACUAACAUUUAAGUCCAACGACCGUCUUGACGCCACGGGAUUUCAUGCGGAUUAUAUUUUCUUGAGAGAUUCAGAAAUGCAUAGUAUGACAAUGCCUGAAUUUGCGGACAAUGGUGCGACAACAUUAAUUCCAAUCUUGUUAUGGCAAAUAAUUUUAAUAAAAUUUAUUAAUAUAGUUUUACAAUAUGGUGACAAUAUGUUUGAGAAUUUGAAGUUUUAA